AUGUUGUCCACCGCUCCGCCCACUUUACUCGCGACGGGUAUCUACCUCGGCCUCUACUUCAGCUUCAACCUCUCGCUCACGCUGUACAAUAAGAUAAUUUUUUCGUCGUUCGCGUUUCCGUUUCCGUGGACGCUCACGGCGAUACAUACGCUAUGUGGGACGAUUGGGUGCUAUAUGUGUGCUGCGACGGGGAUUUUCACCCCCGCGGUGCUGAGUACGAAGGAGAAGGGGGUCAUGGUCGCGUUUUCCACGCUGUAUACGGUGAAUAUUGCGAUUAGCAAUGUGUCGUUGAAUUUGGUGACCGUCCCGUUCCACCAAGUCGUCCGGUCCACCGUCCCACUCUUCACAAUCGUACUCUCGGCGCUCUUCCUCCGCAAGCAUUACUCGCGCGCCAUCUACCUCUCCCUCCUGCCAACCGUAUGUGGCGUCGUCCUCGCCACCUCCGCCGACUAUACGUUCACAACCCUCGGUUUCAUCCUCACCCUCCUCGGCACCGUCCUCGCAGCGAUCAAAACCAUCGCCACAAAUCACGUCCAAGUAGGCCCGCUCAAGCUACAUCCACUGGAUCUGCUGCUGCGCAUGUCCCCUUUGGCGUUUAUCCAGACGGUUGCGUGGAGUUAUAUCACGGGUGAGGCGCCAAAGGUUGGCGCGUGGGUGGCAGAGGGCAAUCUGAGGUUUGCGGUGGUCGCCGCCUUGGUGGUGAAUGGAGCGCUGGCGUUUGGGUUGAAUGUGGCGAGCUUUGUGGCGAAUAGGAAUACGGGCGCUUUGACGAUGUGUGUUGCCGGUGAAUAUCCAUUGCUGCUUUUCGGUCGCAGGCUCGCCAGUUGCGGGUGUUCGAAAAUGCAGCCGUUUGACGCCAUUCUCCUCUUGUGCUCUCAGGCAACGUCAAGCAAGUGCUUUCCAUCGUUCUCUCGGUGGCGAUCUUCAAUUUGUCCAUCACCACUCAGAAUGCCGCAGGAAUUAUGA